UGCACUUAUGUACAAUAAAAAACGUACCUAGCUCAUAUAAUACUGUGUGUUGUUUUUCUAUAGUUCUUUCUUGUCUCAUAUUAGACAUUAUACACAUAGUUAAAACUAAAUUUUCGUACAUUUCUCAACAUCGCGUAAGAAUGACGCGGUAUUCUCUGAUUCCAUACAUGGUAUUCGUGUUAUAUUCAGCCACAUCCUUUGGAUGGACCGACGACGAUGUCUACCACUACCUCUCAAAUAAUACGGCUUUGUCAUUCGCGUAUCAGCAAAACGUUUCCAUCACUUGCUAUGAUACAAAUGAAGUCGAGUGGAAAGUAGACUCUACUGUACAAACCACAAAUUUUAUAAAGGAGAUCAGUCCAAAUGAAAAAAUUCUCAGAAUAGAGAAAAUCACACCCCACGAUACAGGUAUUUACAAAUGCGUGUCCAAGAAGAACUCCAACCUGUUCAAAAAGCUCAUUGUUACUAUUUGGGGUGACCGACUAGACGCUGCAGGACUUCCCAAGUACCCGCUGCUUUCGUUCCCAUAUACUGGUCGCCUAUCACUAAAAACGUGAGGUAUUGGCUACUGGGUUAAUGUACAUUAUGUUGUGGCCUAAUUCUGUUAUUUUUCUAAUAUGACAUAAGUGCUGUUUCCAAUACAUCGCCGCAUUCAUACGU